AUUAAAUGCCAUUCAAUUUGACGUAUUGAAACGCCGUGUGGAUUAGUGAUUUCUGAAAAAAUUGAAAAAAGUUAAUUUUACUAGAUUUUAUUUAAAAACCAUAUUCACAGAACACAAUGGCUGAUGUUUUAGAUAUUGAUAAUGCUGAAGAAUUUGAAGUCGAUGAGGAUGGCGAUCAGGGCAUCGUGCGUUUAAAGGAAAAGGCUAAGCACCGCAAGGGUAGAGGCUUUGGAAAUGAAACCACCACACGCGAAACAAUACAUCAAUAUGAACGUGUCCGUCAUGAGGAUGACGAUGAACUGGAACCGGGCCCACAACGUUCGGUGGAAGGUUGGAUUCUAUUUGUCACGAAUAUACACGAAGAAGCCCAAGAGGAUGAAAUACAAGAGAAAUUCUGCGAUUUUGGUGCAAUUAAGAAUAUUCACUUGAAUUUAGAUCGUAGAACUGGUUUUUCCAAAGGUUAUGCUCUGGUCGAAUUCGAAACACACAAAGAAGCGUGGGCUGCCAAAGAGGCACUGAAUGCAGCCGAAAUCAUGGGUCAGCCAAUACAAGUUGAUUGGUGUUUUGUAAAGGGACCUAAACGUGUUAAGAAGUCAUCGGAUAAAAGACGUCGUUGAUAAAAACAAAGGAUAGUGUAUAGUUUUUUUUUUCUAAUGAAUCAUUUUCCAUAAGUAAGACGACACUCACACCCAAAUGAAUUUUAAAUUAUAUUUACAAAUGCAUUAAAUUAGUGUAAAUUUAAAUAUGUAACUCUUGAACAGACUUUUGAAUUAAUAAAAAGUAUAUAUAAACAUUUUAUAAUGUUAACUGUAAACAAAUAAAA